UCUAGACUUCAAAUUGCUUCAGAUGAGAAGGUGGUUCCGCAUGUGAUAAUGUCUUUUGUUUAUUUUGUAAGUAGAUGUAUUUAAAAAUAUAACAAAUAUUUGUGAUUUCAAGUUAAAAAUGACAUGGAAUCUUCUACAAGCGGCGAAAAUUCGAGCAACCAAGUCUCCACGCGUGGCGAAAGAAAAAUUAGAGGCUCGAGGCAAAAGGACGUAGAUAAUUCAAGCAAAAAAUUUCUGAGAAAUUUUGAUCCGGAACGCAGCGAGCGAGAGAAACGUAAGCUGUAUCGUCGAUUAUAUCAUAGCCACAGGAGGCAUUUAUAUGAUGAAAAAGGGAUCUUUAUACAAACAUCGGAUGAUCUCUGUGAUUGUUUGAGCUUAGAUUGUCCUGGAUGUCAUUUCCCAUGUCCCAGGUGCUCUUCCUCAAAGUGUGCUCAUGAAUGCAGGAAUAAUCGCAAAUGGACUUACGAUACGAUCCACUGUGAAGGAACUGAUCCUGUGAUUAAAAAUCCUUUGUUGAAGCAAAAUGAGAGUGAUAAAUAAUAAUUAAUUUAUAAUAAUUGCGAUCUAUAAGAAUAUCUGUAUAUAUAAAAUAACUUCAACAAAGGCUGAAUUCUUAUUAUUAUUUUUUUAUGAAAUAUAAUGUGAUGAGUAAAAAUGUUGUAUGAUAAAUAAAAAAAAUUUAUAAUAA